AAAAUAAAAUAAAAUAAAAUAAAUAAAUAAUACUAAUAAUUCGUGUUUUUCGGUGGUCUAAUUUUUGUGAAAAAAAAAAAAAAGAAGAACAAAAAAGAAAGAAAAUGAAAGGAAAAUUAUUCUUCGCCGUAUUCGUUGUUCUCGUUUCGAUGAAGAAUGUUAAUGCCGGGCCACCAGAUUGGAUUCCUGCAGAAUUGUUAGAUAUGGUUGCAGGAGAUAAAAGUCGUUGCAUGGAGGAACAUGGAACGACGCAAGCUCUGAUCGAUCAAGUGAACGAAGGAAAUCUGGUAAACGAUCGAUCACUAUCCUGCUACAUGUUCUGCCUGCUAGAUGCUUUCAGUCUGGUGGACGAUGAAGGUAAUUUAGAAGCGGAAAUGUUGCUGGGAUUCUUGCCGGAAAAUUUAGUGGAAAAGGGCACUGAAAUUCUCAAUGCCUGUGCCAAACAGGACGGAGCGGAUGGUUGCGAAAGGGUAUUCAACGUUGCAAAAUGCGUUCAACAGAAAGUUCCUGAGUUAUGGUUCAUGGUUUAAAAAAUGAAAAAGGCUAUAAAACGAGAGGAUGGCAAGGGGGAAUAACCUUCUGAAACUACUUAACGAUUAUCAUAAAUAUUAUUUCUUUUUCUUCCAAUCGAAAUGAGAGAAAAAAUGAAAAUCAUGAUCCAAAUAAAAGAAGCUCGUCGAUAAUUUUAAA